UAAUUAUAUUUUUUUGAUAGUGAAAUCUAUGGAAGAGAAAAGUAUUGAUUGUUUGGCCUAAUUGUAUUGGAAAUACCAAGGAAGUGGAAUAUGUCUAGUAAAGGUGGUUCAAGUAAAGGUCGCACAAAACCAUUUUGUGCUUGGUGUGAAGAUAAUAAGAAAGAUCUGAAAUAUUGUUUAAAUACUGGACAAGGACGUAAGGAUUUUUGCUCUGACACAUGUAUGGCAGAAUAUAAGAAGGCUUAUAUAAAGAGUACUUGUGCUAUUUGUGGAACAAGUAUAGAAGGAUCUCCAGUACAAAUAGAAGAGCAUGGUCAGAUAAAAGAACUCUGUAGUACAGAAUGUUUUCAAAAGUAUCAGUUAAAGGAAGGAGUUGUAACUUAUCCUGAAAAGCCUAGAGGGAAACAAUCUAAUGGCACUCCAUAUCAGUAUGAAAGCACAGGAUAUUUUGAUUGGGAUGAAUAUAUAAAGGAGACCAAUUCCAUUUCAGCACCUGCUUCGUGUUUUAAACAGUAUCCCGUUCCUCAACCAAAUGAAUUUAAAAUUGGAAUGAAAUUAGAAGCUUUGGAUCCAAGGAAUGUUACUUCAACAUGUAUUGCUACUGUAGUUGGUAUACAAGGACCAAGACUGAGAUUAAGGUUAGAUGGAGGUGAUAAUAAAAAUGAUUUCUGGAGAUUAGUGGACUCAUCAGAAAUUCAUCCAAUUGGAUAUUGUGAAAAAAAUGGAGGAAUGCUUCAACCACCUCUUGGUUUUAGAAUGAAUGCAUCAUCUUGGCCGAUGUUUCUUUUAAAAACUUUAAACGGAGCUGAAAUUGCACCAGCAAAAAUAUUUAAAAAGGAACCUCCAGCACCAAAAAGUAAUGAUUUUAAAGUUGGAAUGAAGCUUGAAGCUUUAGAUCGAAAAAAUCCUCAUUUAAUAUGUCCUGCAACUGUAGGUGCUAUAAAAGAUGAAAUGAUAUUUGUAACUUUUGAUGGAUGGAGAGGAGCAUUUGAUUAUUGGUGCCCUUUUAAUUCUCGAGAUAUAUUUCCUGUUGGAUGGUGUAAAGCUAGUGGACAUCCUUUGCAACCUCCAGGGAAUAAAGGUAAAGUUUGGACAACUGGAAAAUAUAAAGUAAAGGUCAAUCCACCACCUCUUACACCUCCAGUACCACCACCACCUCCAGCUCGAGUUCCUUCUCCUCGUCUGAGUCAAAGUCCUAGCAGUAGUACUCGUGCUAAAACAUCUAGUAAUUCAAAUCCAGAAAAGCCAUCACAACAGACAAAUGCCUCAAGUACAACCACUGUUGAAAGUGAAGAAAUUGGAAAUCCCGAAAAUAAAAUUAAACCUCCAAGAUCUCCGAAUGUUUUAAUUACUGAACCGGAUACUAGUUCCAUUGCAAAACAAACUCCUACAGUUUGUGUGUUUGUAAAUCAUGGUUGCACAUGUGGUCCUUAUUUGAAUUCUCGUAAAGUAUCCCAGUUACCGAUUCAGUUUGGACCUGGAUCCAUGAACCGUGUAUUAAGAGAGGCAGUACAAGCAUGCAUCGACUGUGCGAAUAGUGAGAAAAGUGUUUUUAAUCUGUUAAAACAAGGUGAUGGAAAAGUUAUUAUUACAGCAAAUUUUGAUAGUAAAACAAAUACAUGCAAACUGCCUAUUGUUGAUAAAGUAUCCAUGUUCUGGAAUUUUUUGGAAAAUUUGUUUGAAGAUUUGAUGUGUUGUGAAAAUUUUUAUACAAGCCAACCUUUAGAAGGUGGAUGUACAAAAUGUACAAAUAAAAUAAUUGUAAAAAGAGGUAAAUAACUUUUUUUUAUAUAUUAGACAAAUUUUAAUACAGUAAU